UCCCAAUUGUUGGUGGAAGAUCAAAUUCUCAUUCACUGUGAAUUAAUUAAUAAAAUCAAACCACAGAUUUCUAGACCACAAGUAAGUAAACGCUGCCACACUCGUGCCCUCUCAAUCCCAAUUCUAAAUUCAAACCCCCCUUCCUUACUCACCAACCAUACUAACAUUAAAUGAAAUCCUUCUUUCUGAAUAUCAAGCAAGCCCAUUCAUUGAACCACAACACCACUUUCACAUCCCAUAUUCCCUCAUACUACUCACUCCAACAACAACAACAUGCCUUCCGAACAAGAACAAGUAAUCCCACUAGCCCUCUCGGCUGCCGUCCACCCAUCCCCAGACCAAGAAAACCCCUCGACCAAACCCCGGCGCCACCGCCGUCGUUGCAUCCUCUGCUGCGUCUCCUGCACGGCCGUGCUCAUCCUCAUCGGUAUCAUCCUCAUCAUCCUCGCCUUUACCGUCUUCAAAGUCAAAGAACCCGUGCUAACACUCAACUCCAUCACCAUGCAAGGCCUCAGCGCCCUCGCCACCUCCCCAACCCCAUCGACCGGGUUCAACAUGACCGUCAUAGCCGACAUCUCGGUCAAGAACCCGAACGCGGCCUCGUUCAAGUUCGGGUCGACCACGACCUCGGUGUACUACAAAGAUGGGUUGGUCGGGGUUGCGUAUGGUCCACCAGGGAACGCGCGCGCGGAUAGGACGUUGCGGACCAACAUGACUGUGGAUGUGCUCGGUGAUCGGUUGAUCGGGGAUAUGGAUCUUGUGACCGAGGCUUUGACCGGUGCUGUGGCCAUUAAGAGCUCAACCAUGAUCGGUGGGAGGGUUAAGAUUAUUGGGAUUUUCAAACAUCAUGUUGAUGUUAUGAUGAAUUGCAGUCUCAAUAUUGCUGUGAUUAAUCAGUCUAUUUUGGAUCAGAAUUGUGUACACCGCGUCUGGCUUUGAAGGUUUUUUUUUCUUUAUUAUUGAAUUAAAAGCAUAGGUUUUAUAUAGUUACAUAUGUAAUUGGGAUGGUUUGUAUUUUUAGAGUUUUUAUUCUUAUAUAGGUUGGUUGUCCUUUUCUUAUAGAAUGUCUUUU